AAAUAAGAAUCAAAAUGAAAUUUCCAGAUUGCUUUCUUUUGUCCUUGAAUCUCAAUACAUUGGGUUUGUCAAUUACUCAUACCCUGACCUUACAGCAAAUAUGCGUUGGCAAAAUGCAUGGGGAAAAACUGCAGAAGGACUUGGUUCGAGCUUCCCAGAAACAGGACAUUUGUUCUGUGAGAAGGAUUGGCUUUUCUGCUCAACAAGUCAGAACAGUAAUUAAGUCUAAGGCCGUCGACAUGCCGCCUCUGGGUGUGCAACUAUACGUCACAGAACGUCAGGUGGUGAUGGAUAAUGGCAUAGUUCAAGUCACGUUUUCAAACCCAGAUGGCAUAGUGAUCGGAAUCCGAUACAAUGGAGUCGACAACUUGCUCGAAAUUCUCAACGACGAAUAUAACAGAGGGUAUUGGGACCUCGUGUGGAGCCCAUCCGCCUCCACAACUGGAUCGUUCGAUGUGAUAAAGGCUACGAGUUUUGAGGUUAUAGUGGAAAAUGAAGACCAAGUGGAGCUCUCCUUUACACGAAAAUGGGAUCUGUCUCUCGAGGGAAAGCUUGUGCCUUUAGAGAUUGAUAAAAGGUUUGUAAUGCUUCGGGGUUCGUCAGGGUUCUACUCUUAUGCUAUUUACCAACACUUGAAAGAAUGGCCUGGUUUCAACCUUGGUGAAACCAGACUCGCCUUCAAACUCAGAAAAGACAAGUUCCACUAUAUGGCCAUGGCAGACAACAGACAGAGAUCCAUGCCGCUGCCAGAUGACCGGUCUCCGCCAAGAGGCCGAGCCCUGGCCUAUCCGGAGGCUGUCCUGCUCGUCGACCCCGUCGAACCUGAGCUCCAGGGAGAGGUGGAUGACAAGUAUCAAUAUUCAUGUGACAACAAAGAUAGCAGCGUCCAUGGAUGGAUAUCCACUGACCCGCCGGUCGGGUUCUGGCUAAUCACCCCCAGCAACGAGUUCCGGUCCGGCGGACCCGUUAAGCAGAACCUGACUUCUCACGUCGGCCCAACCACCCUUGCUGUUUUUAUUAGCGCCCAUUACACGGGAGAGGAUCUGGUCCCUAAAAUCGGAGCGGGCGAGGCGUGGAAGAAAGUUUUUGGUCCUGUGUUCAUCUAUCUCAACUCAACUUACGAUUCCAGCGACGCAAUUCAGCUCUGGGAAGAUGCCAAAGCACAGGAGACGAUCGAAGUCCAAAGUUGGCCCUACAGCUUCCCUGCUUCGGAUGAUUUUCCAAAGUCAAACCAGCGUGGUAAUAUCGGUGGUAGACUCUUAGUCAAGGAUAGGUACGUCAGCGAAGACUUCAUACCAGCAAACGGUGCGUUUGUUGGCUUAGCGCCACCAGGAGACGUAGGAUCGUGGCAAAGAGAGAGUAAGGGCUACCAAUUUUGGAGUAGAGCAGAUGAAAGUGGAUACUUUUCUAUCAACGGCGUAAGAACUGGCGACUACAAUCUUUAUGCAUGGGUCCCCGGUUUCAUUGGAGAUUAUCGAAAUGAUUCUCUCAUCAACAUUUCAGAAGGUAGUGAGAUAGACGUGGGUGACAUAAUAUACGAAGCUCCGAGAGAAGGGGCUACAAUGUGGGAAAUAGGAAUCCCCGAUCGCUCAGCAGCAGAGUUCUAUGUUCCAGAUCCAAAUCCUGGCUACGUCAAUAAGCUCUAUCUUAACCAUCCUGAUAAGUUUCGGCAGUAUGGUCUGUGGGAAAGAUACACAGAAUUGUACCCCGACGCAGACUUGGUAUAUACAAUUGGCGUUAGUGAUUACACUAAGGAUUGGUUCUUCGCACAGGUCACCAGGAAGACAGAAAACGGAACAUUCAAGGGGACAACGUGGCAAGUGAAGUUCAAGCUGGACAAUGUGGACAGAAAAGGAACUUACAAGCUUCGGAUCGCUUUGGCUUCCGCUUCUCUGGCGGAAUUGCAGGUUGCCGUAAAUGACCCAAAAUCAAAGCCAGCGUUCUCGAGUGGGCUGAUCGGAAGGGACAAUUCGAUCGCCAGACACGGAAUUCACGGCCUGCAUUGGCUCUACAACGUGGAUAUUCCGGCCAAUCGCCUCGUCGCCGGCGACAACGUCAUCUUUUUCACGCAACCAAGGAGCACCAGCCCUUUCCAAGCUAUUAUGUACGAUUAUAUUCGUCUGGAAUCUCCUCCACCUCCCUCCUCCGCCCAUGCUUUGAAUUAAUAUAUAUAUUUUUAAUCUGUUUUUAAAUAAUAAUUUUUAGAUGCGUUCCAAUUUCAAAUGAA